GGGCGUGGGUGGCGUGGACUGCGUGCUGGUUCCCAUUCGCUCCCGCAGCGCAGCAGUUCCCCCUCUCCGUGUCCUUAAAAGGCUCCCGUGGCUCCGCGGCAUCCUCUGUCAGUGUGACCUGCGCUUGCCGCGGCAGUCGUGGAGUGGAUGACUGGGAAGCCAAGAAACCAAAAAAUGGACCCAGUGGCCUUUGAGGAUGUGGCUGUGAACUUCACCCUGGAGGAGUGGGCUCUGCUGGGGCCUUCACAGAAGAAACUCUACAGAGAUGUGAUGCGGGAAACUUUGAGUAACCUGGCCUUAAUAAGGGAUAAAUGGGAGGACCAUAACACUGAAGAUCAGUACAGAAUCCAGGAAAGAAAUCUGAGAUGUCAUAUGUUACAGAGACUCUGUGAAAGUAAAGAAGGUAGUCAAUGUGGAGAAAACAGCAGCCUUAUUCCAAAUCUUAAUCUGAACACGAAAAAUUCUACUAAACCAUGGGAAUGCAGUGUGUGUGGAAAAGUCUUCAUGAGUCGUUCAUCCCUUAAUAGGCACCUGAGAUCUCACACUGCACCCAAACCAUCCAAGUAUCAGGAAUAUGGAAGGAAGCCUUAUGAAUGUAGAGUAUGUGGGAAAGCCUUCAGUUAUCUCCAGCCUUUCCAAAAACAUGAAAGUAAUCACGGUAUAGAAAAAUCCUAUAAAUGUAAGGAAUGUGGGAAAUCCUUUAGAUAUCGUCAAUCUGUUCGAAAACAUGAACGAACUCACACUGGAGAGAAACCCUAUCAGUGUAAACAGUGUGGAAAAGCCUUUCGAUACCAUCAAACCUUUCAAACACAUGAAAGAACUCACACAGGAGAGAAACCCUAUGAAUGUAAGCAAUGUGGUAAAGCCCUCAGUUGUCCGAGUUCCUUUCGAAGCCAUGAAAGGACUCAUACUGGAGAAAAACCCUAUGAAUGUAAAAAGUGUAGUAAAGCCUUCAGUUGUCCCAGUUCUCUUCGAAAACAUGAGAGAACUCAUACUGGAGAGAAACCUUAUGAUUGUAAGGAAUGUGGAAAAGCUUUUAUUUCUCUUGGAAGUUUUCAAAGACACAUGAUAACACAUACUGGAGUUGGACCUUAUAAAUGUAAGGACUGUGGGAAAGCAUUCAAUUGUCCCAGUUCAUACAGAAUACACGAAAGAUCUCACACUGGAGAAAAACCCUAUGAAUGUAAACAAUGUGGUAGAGCCUUCAGUUGUUCCAGUUCAUUUCGAACACAUGAAAGAACUCACACUGGAGAGAAACCUUAUCAAUGUAAGGAAUGUGGAAAAGCCUUCCAUUGGCUCACCACUUUUCAAGUCCAUGUGAGAACUCACACUGGCGAGAAACCAUAUAUAUGUAAGCAGUGUGGUAAAGCCCUCAGCUGUCCCACUUCCUUUCGAAGACAUGAGCGGACUCACACUGCAGAGAAACCCUAUGAAUGUAAGCAGUGUGGAAAAACCUUCAGUUCUCCUCUAGGUUUGCAAAUACAUGAAAGAACUCACACUGGGGAGAAACCCUAUAAAUGUGAGAAAUGUGGAAAAGCAUUCGUUUCUCUCACAAGCUUUCGAAGACAUAUGAUGACACACACUGGAGAUGGACCUUAUAAAUGUACAGAAUGUGGGAAAGCAUUUAAUUGUCCUAGUUCAUUUCGAAUACAUGAAAGAACUCAUACAGGCGAGAAACCCUAUGAUUGUAAAAUAUGUGGUAAAGCCUUCAGUUGUUCCAGUUAUGUUCAAGUACAUGAAAGAACUCACACUGGAGAGAAACCCUAUGAAUGUAAGGAAUGUGGGAAGGCAUUCAUUUACCGCACAACCUUUCGAGGUCACUUGAGAGUGCACACUGGUGAGAAACCAUAUAAAUGUAAAGACUGUGGGAAAGCCUUUAGUCGACCCAGUUCAUACAGAAGUCAUGAGAGAAUUCACACUGGAGAGAAACUCCUUGAAUGUAAGCACUGUGGGAAAGCCUUCAAUUGGCCCACAUCCUUACAUAAACAUGUCAUGAGAAUGCACACUAGAUAAAUUAUAACUGAUAAAUACAGCAGAGUUCUCUAGCUUAACAAACACAUUCAAAGUCAUGUUAAAACUACUGGAGAGAAAUGCUGUAAAGUGUAAAUAACAUGGGAAA